AUGUCAAACGAUAAUGAACCGACAACGUUCGAAGAAGCAUGCGAACGUUAUAUUGAAUAUCGAACACGUUUUGAACGUUUAGAAAUUGAUUUCGAUGAGUUUCAACAGUCAUCAUUGAAUUAUGAACAAGAAUUAGAAAUACAAUUAAAAGAAUUAGAUUGUCAAAAACAUCGUUUACAACAAGAUUUAUUUAUUGAGCGUACACAAAAUGAACAGUAUCGAGAUCGUAGUGAACAAACUAUAAAACAACAUGAUAAACAUUUUGAUCAAAUGCAAGAAGAAUUAAAUGCAUGUAAACAUUUGAAAGACAAAUUAACACAUUACAUACGCGAAUUGGAACAAACAAAUGAUGAUCUUGAACGCAAUAAUAGAACAUUACUUGAUAGUUUAUCAACGUUUGAAACAAAACUUAAUCGUGCAUUAGAACAAAAUGCUUUACUAGAAAAUGAACUUGAUGAAAAACAGCAGUUAACUGAAACAGUUCAACGAUUACGUGAUGAAACUCGAGAAUUACGUGAAGAACUCGAUGUACUACAUAAAACAAAUCCAGAAAAAACUAUUCAUUCUAGUGAAACACCCAUCGUUAAUAGCGAUAGAAUGAAAAGUAUUCUAUCUGAAGCAGCAGCUAAUAGUGGCGCAAUAAUACGUAAUUCUGAUGUUCGAAAAGACUCAUUAAAAUGUGAUUUGACCCUGCCAUCUUUGCCACAUGAUCAACAAAAUAAUAUUUCAACUCCUAAAUCACCAAUAUUAUCGACAACAACAACAACAGAUUUGAAUCAUAUUAUUUCUACUUCAACUGAUCCACAAUUAAUAAAAGGAAAUGAUUAUUAUCAACCACUAUCAAAUUCGACUCGAUUAGAAUCAUUAAAAUUAAUCAACGAAGCAUUAAGACGUUUUACAGCUCUUGAAUCAACUCUUUUAACACAACGUAAGCAAUCUCAAAUCACACCAUCCAUCUAUUCGACUCGUUCAAGAUUUAAUUCAACAACAAUUUCACCUUAUAGUAAACAUACUGAGUCGAUUGUAACUCAAACACAUGCAUAA